AUGAGCGAUGUCAUGAAUGACAACGAAGAAAUCGUUGACAGAAAGUUGAUCAAUCCAAAUGAUGUACUAUCCCAAAAAGGAAAAGGGAGACAUCAUGGAAAUCGCAUCCUUCGGGAAACCAUUGCAGGAAGGUCUCCUGAGUUUUACGCGUCUAGCUUACAGAAAAAGAAAGAAAUUGUUGACGAAAUCGUAUUGGGCGUGCAAGGCAGAUUCUUGUGUUGGGACAAGGAACAUCGACGGUACUUUGUACUGACCAACGAGGACGCGGUGACAAUUGUAAGAAAGCAAUUUCACAAUUUGAAAUACAAGUCACAAAAGCAGACUCAAAAAGAUACCAAACAAGAAACCGACCAAGAACCCAGCACCCCGCAAGCUGCUGCUGUACCAUCACACGAAGCAGAAGCACCAACUGGAAACGAUGGUUCAGGUGAGCAAGCGAUUGGUGUACGGAAGUUGAUGGAAGACCUGGAUGAGUUUUCUUUUGACAUGGAAGUAACAUCAUUGGAUAGCCAUCGUCGCUUUCUGGCUUCGAUUUCUUUGGACAUGUUUGACGAUGAGGACACAGUAGUGGCCGAUAACAAAGUGCUUCGCGACAAAGACGACCGUUCAGCAAAAGGUAUGCUGUUGAAACUAUUAUCCAACAAGGGAGGCGAGCAAGUCGCGCGAACUCUUCUAUCCAUUGUGAGCUCGUCGGAAUUGGACGAUGAAGCCCAGGAGACUCUCAAGGCGGCAAAAAAGUCCCUGUUGCAACAGCAGGAGAGACCUUUGAAAUCUCCAAGACACAGUGCUCCAGCGACAGUCAAAGUGGCAAAACCUAGUGGAAUCAAGGACAACAAAACGAAAUCCACUUACGAUGGUCAUUCAGUUAUUUCCUUCCAGAUCGAACACGACAUGCAAAACAUACAAAUUGUGGAGAAACUAAGAAUGGGAAGCAAGAAAGACAGAGUAUACAGUGGUUCAAUGAUGGACGAUAAGCCUCAUGGCAUGGGUUCCAUGAUCUACGAUCACGGCCGGGUUCUCAUCGGAAAUUGGGCAAAUGGAGUCUUCCAAGGCCAAGGAUGUGCGAUCUAUGAGAAUGGGGAUACUUGUUUUGGGUCCUUUUCGAAGGGCAAGGCGGAUGGCUGUGUAGCUUACAUCACAAAGUUCUCCAGGUACAUUGGUGAUUACGAAAAGAAUACCCGGCAUGGGAAAGGGCUUUACAAUGACAUUCAAAUGGGCAUAUUCAACGGCGACUUUGUCGAGGGUAGGUUCGAAGGACUAGGUGUGCAUACAGCAAUGAACGGGAGCAUCACACAAGGACGUUUCAAGAACUGGGAGGUAAUCAAGACGAUGGCCACUAUAAGCGAGGCGGACAUUACAAGUAAGGUGGACGUCAAGAACGCCAGCUCGAAAUGA